AUGCGUCGUGACCUUGCUGUAUACCAAUCUCAGCGAGCAGUUCGAAUGAACCCCGAAGAUGCCAACCCAGUGAAGCCUGCGAGUGGCACAGACAACACAACUGCCAUAAGUCUGGAUGAUGACAUCGUCAUGGGCGAGUCCCCAUUGGAAGAUGCUAAGCCAUCACCGCCCAAGGAAGCAGUCUCAUCAUCGGAAGAAGAGCAAACGACCAAGUCAACUUCUUCUCUUCACCUUGAUAUCCCUGGACAGGACCACCAAGCCCCAGGCCACCCUGGCGAUGAGAAUACUGGUACAUACAGCAAUUUCGAUUUUGAGUCUCUCUUCAACGACCCAAGCAGUGCAGACGCUGCAUCUCGAGCGAGUCCCAAAGACAUACCAGCUCCGUCACCACCUCCGCCCCAGGCAGAAGAGGCACCUCCAGUCAAUCCCCCAGUCCAGGACACAAAGCCGCCUCCAGUCAGAACGAUGACCAUUCCCGAUGAUGAACCAAUCAAGCCAGCGUCCUUCAAUAAUGGUAAUGACGACUUCGACUUUGCCGAUCUGACAAACUUUGGUCCAACCGAUACAGACAUGCAAGACACGGAUGGCAUAUCCUCCCUUCUUCCUGGUCUGGAGAGCUAUGCAAACUCUGGCGGCGGCAAUGGAGGCACAGAUUCGGGUUCCCAAUCGGUUCCUGCAGACUUUGACAUCUUCGACGCAGCGGGUGUUGGUGACUUUGGCAGUGCUCCACAGCAGCAGGAUCANAAAGUUGAUGCCAAGCAGAAUGCACAACAGCAACCUGACAUAAGCAACAGAGACGACACUUUUGAUGACAUUAUGAACUUUACAGAGUUUGACCUGGGUGAAUUUUCUGGAAGUGCCACAGGUGAAGGUGGUGAAAGCAAAUUCGAUGCUUCAUUCUUCGACAUCUGA